AUGACUCAAGGUAUUCCUCCACGUCGUUCGGGAAGAAAUUCAAAUCGCGCCUUCUCCCAAUCGAGUUCUGAGUACCACGAAAGUGAGAUGGAUGAGGACGACCACCCACCAGUCUCGGCGGAGUCACCAGAGUCUCCUCCCCCUGCCACCUUCGUCAAAUCCCAGAGAGGCCGCAGGGUCAAGUUAACAACCUAUCGGGAGUCGAGCGAUGACGAGCUCAGCAAGAUAUUUCAAGAUAAUGAUAAUAUCGAACACGUCGAUUCUCAUGUCGAUGCGAUGGAUGGUGAUGAUGAAGAUGAUGAUCAACCACGUCGUCAAAAGCGCUCUUCCAGCAAACGCAGCUCCAUUAAUGAUGACAUUGCAAGUAAUCGCCGUGUCCUUCGCAAUAGGAACAAGAACCCCCCUCCACCUCCUACAACUUCAAGUGGACGCGUCACUCGUCAACCCAAGCGCUAUGAGCCCAACAAUAACCCUCCAAAGAGAUUAACGCGUGCUCAGAGUAAAGCCGCUGCAGAAAUGGAUGAUGGCUACGUCGACGAACCAUCAGAAGGCUCUGUCGACGCGGAUGGCUCCCUUGAUGAUGCGCCACGUACAUCCUCAGAUAACGACCUCGAUGCCGAAGGCGAGGUGGAUCUGGAUGGCGAGGGUGAACAUGAUCUUCAGGAGGUGGAGCCGGAUGGUCGGCCGUACUCUCUACGGCAACGUGCCAGAAUCAACUAUGCAAUCCCACCAGCGCUCGAGGAUAUGAAACAAGCCAAACCACGUCCCCCUGCUGGUCGAAGUGGUGCCAAUCGGAGGCGUGGUCCAGGAUGGAGUGCCUCUGGUGCUGAACUGAGCAGGUGGAUGGGCAUGGCCCCAGCUGAUGACUCUGACUCUGACUUCCCAACUCGAACACCCCGUAAACCUUUCGGAGGUGCCGGAGUUUUUGGUGCCGGCGGCCCUGUUUCAGCGGGUGGUGCUGGUUUACUGCCAGGCGACCUUGCUGCUGCUGCUGCUGGCACCCCUUCAAACUUGGGUAAAAUUGGUGAUGCAGCAUUGGCUGACGCCGACCCAUUGGGAGUAAACACAAAUGUCACCUUCGAUGAAGUGGGCGGCUUGGAUGAUCACAUCCAUUCUUUGAAGGAGAUGACGCUCCUUCCAUUAUUGUACCCAGAAGUUUUUCAGCGGUUCAAUCUAACGCCUCCUCGUGGAGUGCUAUUCCACGGUCCUCCUGGUACGGGAAAGACGCUUCUUGCCCGUGCUCUUGCCGCGAGCUGUCGAUCCAAUGGCAAGGGAGUCUCCUUUUUCAUGCGCAAGGGUGCCGACUGUCUGUCCAAAUGGGUCGGUGAGGCUGAGCGUCAACUUCGUCUUCUGUUCGAAGAAGCACGCAACUGCCAACCAAGUAUCAUUUUCUUUGAUGAAAUAGAUGGAUUGGCACCCGUUCGGUCAUCGAAGCAGGACCAGAUCCAUGCUUCGAUCGUUUCAACGCUUCUUGCCCUGAUGGACGGUAUGGACGGACGUGGCCAGGUGAUCGUCAUUGGUGCUACCAACCGUCCAGAUGCCAUUGACCCUGCACUGAGGAGACCUGGUCGAUUUGACCGGGAAUUCUACUUUCCUCUUCCCUCUCUCGAGGCUCGUGAACGAAUAUUGACGAUCAUGACCAAGGACUGGGAGGGCUGGAAGGAUGGUGAAGGUGCUGAGAAUAUCAAGGGACUUGCCAAGUUCACGAAGGGCUACGGUGGUGCUGAUCUUCGGGCCUUAUGCACAGAGGCAGCUUUGAAUGCUAUCCAACGGCGAUAUCCUCAGAUAUACCAGUCUAGUGACCGACUUCUCCUUAAGCCUGAGACCAUCGGCAUAACAUUCAGAGACUUCAUGAUCUCUAUCAAAAAGCUCGUCCCAUCAUCUGCACGCUCUUCGUCCUCGGCCGCUUCACCUCUCCCAAACCAGCUUGUUCCUUUGCUUUCCGACACCUUAGGCAAAGUGAAAGAUGCUAUCAACAGGGUUCUUCCUGUUGGCAAGAAGCGCACUGCUUUGGAAGAAGCCAUGUGGGAGGAUGAUAGUGAGGAAAAUGCUCUCGAAAGGGAACUAUUCAUGCAGUCCAUGGAGACCUUGCGGGUUUAUCGACCACGACUGGUGCUUCAUGGGCCAGUUGGUAUGGGACAGGGCUAUUUAGGAGCCGCCGCCCUCCAUCAUUUGGAGGGUUAUCAUGUUCAAACACUUGAUCUGGGGACGCUCAUAAGUGAUUCAACACGGACUGCGGAAGCUGCUGUGGUUCAACUAUUCGUCGAGGCUAAAAGACACCAGCCCUCGGUGAUCUACAUUCCUUCUCUCGAUGGGUGGUCAGCAGCGAUUUCCGAGAUUGCACGAUCCACAGUCCGAUCUAUGCUUGAUUCGCUUGCGCCUACUGACCCCGUCCUCGUACUUGCCAUUGUCGACGGUCCAUUUUCUUCACUACCCCGUGACGUCCGUUCAUGGUUCGGUAUGACCCGCGAGAAUCGCCUCCUGUUGCCGAGUCCGACCGAUGCCCAACGAGAAGCGUUCUUCUCCAGUAUCAUCGCUGACAUACGCCGACCGCCAAAUCAGUUCGCAGAUGGCAUGAAGCGGCGAAAACGAGUUCUUGAGGAGCUGCCAAUUGCGCCUCCGCUUGAGCCUCGUCAACCGACGGCUGCAGAGAUUGCUGCUCAGGAAGAUAAUGACCAACGUGUCAUCACGCUACUGAAGUACCGUCUUGGCCCUAUUUUGACGGAGCUCAAACGCAAGUUCAAGCGAUUUACGAAGAAAGCCAGGGAGGAGUACAACUUCGAUCCAAUUCCUGCGGUCAAUGAAGUGGAAAUUAUUGCUACCACUACCGUGACCGUACAAGCUGAGAACGAGGUCAUCGACGUUUGCGAGCAAGUCACCCAGGAGCAGCAGCAGCCAAACGGCAUCGUCAAUGGCAUCCACCCCGAUCCUCAACCAGUCGAACACCCAGAGCCACCUCAACCACAAGAACCACAGCUGUUCGACAUGGACCUCGAAAGGAUGCACGUUGACUUGUACAAGGGCAAGUACCUCACUCCGCAAGAUUUCCUAGACGACAUCAACAAGAUCGUUUUUAAUACCAUGGCACGUGCGCAUGAGGAUACUGGUGCUGACCGGCUGUACAAGGCACAGGCUAUGCUUACUGCAGCUGAGGUCAGCAUUCAAGACUUUGAUCCUCAGUUCAAGCUUGAGUGUCAACGGAUGGCUGAGCGGCAGCGGAAGAGAAGGGAGGAGCACAAGAAGGCAAAGGGGAAGGGAAAGGCCGGAGAGGACGCUCAGAACGGCGCAGCAGCGCCUCGCCGAAGUGCCCGCCAUAACGGCCAGCAACUGGAGAUCACCAUCACAGAUCCAUUGCAACUGGAGAGGCGACUGAAACGGGCACGUUCUGAUGAGCGGCACAGUGGUUCUCCUGAAUCAGGUGACGAUAAGGGAGAACCCAGCACUCCUCGAAACUCGAAACGUCAACGGACGGCAUCCGAUGAUGACCAUGACCCGAUGGACAUAAUCGGUGCAUCCCGCGCUCAGAAUAGAGGCUCGGCUGUGCGCUUCGCCAAUGACGUGCAGCCGCCUCCUGACAGUGAUGCGUUGCCCAUUUAUGGUGCACCUACUGUCGACGGCCCGUCAACUUCAAACGCGAUGGCUGUCGACUCUCCUGUCCCGCGGAAAUCGGCUGGCUUUGAUCCUAUGCUCUUGAACCCGAUAUCUCCUGACAACGGGUUCCCAGCAACCUCGAUAUCGCACAUGUCAAAUGGUGCUGGACCAUCGACGGUGCCCGGGCAAGACGGAUAUACUACUCCUAUUCCUUUGUUGUCCCCAGCGAUCGGAGUCAUGCCUUUAAAUCCCUCAAUCCCGCCUCCCCGCACACCCUCCCCACUAGCCAUCCAACCAUUAACCCCUGUUGCUGAAGUUAUCGAAGAACCCAUGGUGGUUGUGCCCCCAGCCGAAAUAGAAAGAACACCCACUCCUUUGCCAGACUUCCAUGUCGAUGAACACCUGCUUUCGACACUUCAGUACGACCUAUGUUCCAAAACCGCGCAGCUCUCUGUCGAGCUGCUCGAACAGCUUCGUGCAACAGUGCUUGGAUGCAUCUGGAGACACCGUACUGACUGGGAUCGUGACGAGCUCAUAAGAGAAGUGAAGGACGCUCUAAAAGAAUUUUUGGAUGACUUUGCUGCUGGGGGUGAUGAUCCUGACUCGCCUUGA